UAGUUUGGUCUUUUCGAGUUUCCGUAUAUACAACCACAAUAAUAUUUCACGACUUUCCGAGACCCCUGUUAAGCGUCUAUGUAACUAACUACCGAAAGAUUGUCACCAUGCCACUGACAAAUUCUGAAAAGCAAAGGAGAAGGAGAAUUAUGAGGAGGUCACGAGUCUGUUCAUCAUCUACUGAAGAUGGAUCCAAUGGAUAAAUAUGGGACAUAUGAAAGCAGUGGUCAACCAGAAGAGCGUUUUGAUCACUCACUGCAUUGGAGUGAGGUUAAAGAGGAGGCUGAAGAAUGUUCGAUUUCAGCUGUGUCGUUAGGAGUUGAAACAUCCCAGGUCUGUCUAAAGGAGGACCCUGAUGAACAAGAUCCCUCAUUUGACACAGUUUCAGACACCUAUGGAGUCACAGACCAAGAGCGUGGACAUAAAGGCAUGACAUAUCUCAAAGUAAAGUUGCCGCCUUCUCCAGUCAAAGAGGAGUCUGAAGAAUGUUCCCAUCUGCCAGUAGAUGAAGAGGAAGUUGCCUUAAUUACAGUUAAGGAAGAAGAGAAUGAAGACUGGUUGAAGUCAGAAGAUGAGGAUGUUGUGAAAAUGUCAGUGUCUUGGGAACCGUUGGAAACAUCAUCAUGCUCGGAUACAGAGGACAGUGAGAUGGAAAGUGAUAAUGUGAAAGACUGUGAAAACCAUGAGAGUGACAUUUCAGGAGAUUUAAAGAUUGAAGAUUGUAGCAGGAUUGAUCCAGGGAUGACGCCAGAUACAGAUGUGAAAGCUAAUGCUGUCGAUUUCAGUGAAUCUAAAGGGGGGUCCUCAUUCUACCCAUGCCCCCAUUGUACACUUGGUUUCACCAUAGAACGUUUUUUCCAUGGGCACCUCAAGAGAGCCCAUCCUGAAGAGUACAUCGCUCUGCUGAAGUCUGGGGAAAUAAUAGCAACAAAAAAAAAGUGUUCACAGCUGCCCCCAGCCACAUGCCCACAAUGUAGCAAGAGCUUCUCCAAUAAAUAUGUUAUGGAAAAGCAUCAGAGGAGUCACACAGGAGAGAAGCCAUAUCACUGUGCAGACUGUGGGAAGAGCUACGUCUUUGCUGAUUCACUCAAAAAACAUAAAAAAAGAUGUGGGAAAGGAUUCCGAAGACAAACCCAACUGACCAGCCAUGAAACGAUCCCCACAGGAGAGAGACCAUAUAAAUGCUCUCAGUGUGGAAAAGGAUACCGAACACCAGCCAGUCUAAAAGCACACCGGAAAACCCACCCAGGAGAAAAGCCUUAUCAGUGCUCUCAGUGUGACAAAUGUUUUGGCUUUUCCAGAGACCUUAAGAGACACAGAUGGACUCACACUAGUGAGAGACCAUAUAAAUGCUUUGAGUGUGGCAAAGGAUUCGUCGAACAAACCCAACUGACUAGCCAUGAGCUUAUCCACACAGGAGAGAGACCGUAUAAAUGCUCUCAGUGUGCAAAAGGAUACCGAAGACCAGCCCAUCUAAAAAGACAUAAAAUGACCCACACUUAAUGAUUGCCUCAGGGGUAAGAAGUCAUUCUACUGGCUGGAAGAUUUGAUAACUUGGAACUUUGAUAUGCCUGUAGAGUAUAUUAACUCUGGAACUUUGAUAUUCCUGUAGUAUAUAUGUUAUAUAAAGUUCAACAAUAUAUUGAAAAAUUUGCUACAUCGAAAAUUAUAUAUCUUCAAUAUUUAUAUUUUAAAAUAUUUAUAAAUUAAUGUUAGAAAUGGUUAUUUAAAUAAAAAUAUUACUCAUAUUACAGAGCAAGCAGUAAAGCUUCAUAUCACACCAAUUUUGGUUUUGUAGCACCUACAGAUGAAACAUUAUGGAGUCUUAUAGGAGGCCUACUGUAGGUAAGGCCAAAUUGUCACAAAUAUUCCAACUUCAAUUCAUGUUUUCUCAAUUAUGCUUUAAGAUGCAAAUAUCAAAUAUAGGUCAACAAUGCUUCCUCCAAAGGACCCUUCUAUGGAUUAAAUUUAAUGAAAAUCCCCCCUAAUUUUUUGUUGUUGUUCUAGUUUAUCAGUGCUCUGUGACAAAUGUUUUGAUUUUAUUUUUAUAGAGAUCUUACAAGACAUCAGUUGACACAUACAGGCGACGGGGCGUGAGCCAGGUGCCCACUCUGUCCAAUGGCAAAGUUGGCACGAAACAAAAUUGACGUAAUUAAGCAUAUGUAGUAAUGAGUAGGAUUCUGUGUUUUCCCAUUGCAAAUAGUGAUUGCUUUUUAUAACAAUGCGUUAUCUGCCAUCCUAAUGAUAACCCAUUUAUUUUUUGGAAAAGAGAUGUAUAUUUCUGGAAGAUGCAUCAUGCUGCCUUGUUGACAACAUGACCGAACAACGCAGAUUAGGCUACUUCCCUUCCCUUCCCGCUUUCGACCAAUGACAUCAUGGGCCAGUGUAAAAGAACUCCCUCAAUGUGAAAAAUGUUGCGGUAGGAAAUGGUAAUUGACAUACCAACAGCGGAAACACAGCAUAGAGAGGCCUUACCACUGCUCUGAGUGUGGACAGAGCUUUAGCUUAAGGGGGAUCUUUAAAUACCACCAGCAGAGCCACACAGGGAAGAAGACGUUUCACUGCACUCAGUGUGACAAGAGUUUCUCCUCAUUCACAGUGGAACCAAAACACUGGUCUGCUCUUACAGUGGGAAAUAGUUCAACCAGGAUGGGAACUUAAAAAAACAUCACCAACGAUUCUGUAUAAAGACAUUAGAGCACCCCCAUCUGUGGAAGUACUGAUAUGAUCUUUAGUGAGUAGGUGUAAUAGGAAUUAUUAAGUCUGUUACUAUUGGUACGUUGGUCUCUAGUUCAAAAUCAUUGAAGAUAGGCAUGUUCGUUCUCUGACACAACCGGGUCUUUCUAGAAAUAAUGGGGCCAAUGUGUGACAUUGGGAUCAAAUUUUCAAAAUUAAAAUUAUUUUCAUGCAGUUCCACAUGUGUACUUAGAGGAAUAAAAGUUAAUACAGUGGGGGAAAAAAGUAUUUAGUCAGCCACCAAUUGUGCAAGUUCUCCCACUUAAAAAGAUGAGAGAGGCCUGUAAUUUUCAUCAUAGGUA